GUAUAGUAAAAGUCUUGAAGGCAUAUGCUCUUUUCUAUAUUUGAAUGUAAUGCUUCUGGUCUAUGCUUCUUUCAACAGGUUUAGCCAUGGCCAAGUCCAAGAACCAUACCACACACAAUCAAUCUCGCAAGUGGCACAGAAAUGGCAUUAAGAAACCCAGGUCACAUAGAUACGAAUCUCUGAAGGGGGUAGAUCCCAAAUUCCUGAGGAACAUGCGCUUUGCAAAGAAGCACAACAAGAAAGGGCUGAAAAAAAUGCGGGCUAAUAAUGCUAAAAAUGCUAAAUAACCAGCCUGCCUUUCUAUGGCAAAAGGAACUACCGUACUUAGUAAUUGAGUGACAAUUUUUCCAUGUACUGGGUUUCGUUCAAAAGUAUUUUAUAUGAAUAAAAAUGAGUGUAAUAUGUA